CUUUGACAGUCAAUCAUUAACGAUCUCUCGAAAGCAUGCGUAAGCGGUUCGGCACGUAGCGGCUAAAUAACGGAAAAACAUUGCGCGCGGAUUAUUCAAAAUUGUGUUCAAAGUGUUUGGUUCGGUGGCUACUACGGCUUGUGCCCUCUUUAGGAUUUAGUGAUCGUUGUUAUCCUCUGCAAAAUCAGAAUGUUCCAAUCGUGGCAGUUCCGAAUCAUCAGCAUAUUCCUGAUCCUGCAGCUGUGUGGAUUAUUCCCAACGACGGGCAGUGCAACACCAAAGGCGCUUAGCAGUACCAGCAACCACGAUUGUCCCAACUGUGUUGAAGAUUCCAGUGUCCCCACGAGAUGGACCAUGCCGCUGCUGAAACUGGGCGAGAAGCGGUACUAUCUUAGCAUUUUCUUCAAGGCUAACUGGUUCAAAGCCCUGCAGUACUGCCGAUAUCAUGGAAUGCAGCUCGCCAGCAUGCAGUCACAGGAGGAAAACGAUGGUCUGGAAAAAUAUGUCAAAGAAUAUGGUCUAGCUGCCGAACACUUUUGGACGUCCGGCACCGAUCUAGCCGAAGAAGGUAGCUUCUUCUGGAUUUCGAACGGACGACCACUGUCGUUCACCAACUGGAACGCCGGUGAACCGAACAACUUCCGGUACGAGAAUGGCGAGGAGGAGCACUGUCUGGAGCUGUGGAAUCGCGACGGCAAAGGACUCAAGUGGAACGAUACGCCGUGCAGUUUUGAGACGUACUUCAUCUGUGAGGUUUGAGGCUGAGGCGACGGAUGCAGGGAUGGAA